GCCCGGGCGCGGCGGGAGGGAGGCGGCCGUCCAGACGGGGCCCCGGCUCGCGUCAGCCCCCGGGUCGGCACAGGCUUCAGGAGGGCGCCGGCGGCGGGGUCCAGCGGGCCGGUGGGCGCAGGCGGCCCGCGUGUUUUCGGCCCGGGCCCCGAGAUCGCUGGGCGCCGGGCCGACCCCGCCCUCCUACGAGAGGAGGAGCCAGGUCACCGGCCGCCGCUGCACGCUGGUCGCUUCCCUGGUCCUCCUCUGGGACCUGACGGUCACCAAAGUCCUCACUGACGAGGGACGAGCCACUUCUCCCUAAGACAGAACCGGAAAGGGGACUGCCCAUUUCCGCGUGGGCCAGCGGAGAGCCCCUGCCCGCUGCGGGCCGGGAGGACAGUCCCGGGCGCCCGGCACCCGCCUGGGCGGUGGUUGAGGGCUGGCGCGCUGAGAGGUGGCCGUGGGCCCCGGGAGUGACCCGAAGCUCGGGUGGAGAACUGCUCACGCGGCUUCCCGGGCCGGAGGUGCCUGUUCACGGGCGUCCCCGCUGGACCAGGGGCAGCACGGGGCGCUGUUAGGCGGGCUGCACCCCACCGGGUCUGGAUGCCCGGACGCUGGGUCACAGCUUAGUGAUGUUUGCAUUUCCUCACUGCUUUGUCUUGAAGACAGCACGAUGCCAAAGAAAGCGAAGCCUGCAGAGAAUGGGAAGGAAGAGGGGCCUGCCCCCUGUAAGCGGGUGAAAGUGGAGGCAGCUGGCAGGCCUUCCGCUUUAAACUUUGACAGCCCCAGUGGGCUCUUUGAAAGUUUAAUCUCACCCAUCAAGACAGAGACUUUUUUUAAGGAAUUCUGGGAGCAGAAGCCCCUUCUUAUUCAGAGAGAUGACCCUGCACUGGCCACAUAUUACCAGUCCCUGUUCAGGCUGUCAGAUCUGAAGAGUCUGUGCAGCCGGGGUAUGUACUAUGGAAGAGACAUAAAUGUCUGCCGGUGUGUCAAUGGGAAGAAGAAGGUCUUAAAUAAAGAUGGCAAAGUGCACUUUCUUCAGCUGAGAAAAGAUUUUGAUCAGAAAAGGGCAACAAUUCAGUUUCACCAACCUCAGAGAUUUAAGGAUGAGCUUUGGAGGAUCCAGGAGAAGCUGGAAUGCUACUUCGGCUCCUUGGUCGGCUCGAAUGUGUACAUCACGCCUGCGGGAUCCCAGGGCCUGCCGCCCCAUUAUGAUGAUGUGGAGGUUCUCAUCCUGCAGCUGGAGGGCGAGAAGCGCUGGCGCCUCUACCGCCCGACCGUGCCCCUGGCUCGCGAGUACGGCGUGGAGGCCGAGGACAGCAUCGGGAGCCCGGCGCGCGAGUUCACCUUGAAGCCGGGUGAUUUCCUGUACUUUCCCAGAGGGACCAUUCAUCAAGCUGACACUCCUCCAGGCCUGGCCCACUCUACUCACUUGACCAUCAGCACCUACCAGAACAACUCGUGGGGAGAUUUCCUUUUGGAUACCAUUUCAGGGCUUGUGUUUGAUACUGCGAAGGAAGAUCUGGAGUUACGGGCUGGUCUACCCCGGCAGCUGCUCCUGCAGGUGGAAACCACAGCUGUUGCAAGAAGAAGAGUAAGUGGCUUUCUGAGGAUGCUUGCAGACAAGCUGGAGGGCACCAAAGAGCUGCUUUCAGCAGACAUGAAGAAGGAUUUCAUUAUGAACAGACUCCCACCUUACUGUGUGGGAGACGGAGCAGAGCUGUCAACGCCAGGUGGACAGCUACCGAGGUUGGACAGCACAGUGAGACUGCAGUUUAAAGACCACAUCAUCCUCACUCUGGGGCCAGAUCAGGAUCGCUCGGAUGAAACUCGAGAAAAGAUGAUUUACAUCUAUCAUUCCUUAAAGAAUAGGAGAGAGACGCACAUGAUGGGCAAUGAGGAAACAGAGUCUCACGGACUUCGCUUUCCUUUAUCACAUAUGGAUGCACUGAAGCAAAUUUGGAACAGUACAGCUAUUUCUGUCAAGGACCUGAAGCUUACUACAGAUGAGGAAAAGGAGAGCCUGGCAUUGUCCCUCUGGACAGAGUGUUUAAUCCAGGUAGUCUAGCGCCUUCACAGAGUCAGGUGUCUGCUAUUUAUGUGCACAUGUGAAAAGAAAAGCUAGGUUGGUGUGCUGGGGAGUCCUGUUGCUUUGAGUCAACACAUUGGGUAGGAGGACGGUUGUAUACAACUUUCCUUACCUGUGUAUCUGAUAACAUGACCUACCUGUUACAGGUGGUCAGUUGGCCAUGUGUAUUAACAGAGGCACAUGGAGGAAAGAAUGGCAAGUUACUAAGUGUCCCAGAAAGCGACAAAACCAUACUUUAAGACAAGUUUAUUUAAUCCAGUCUGGUAGAAAAGGCACAAUUCCAAUAAAUGUAUCAUUUAAAUUUAAA